AUGGGCCGUUCAAGUGGGUAUCAUCGGAACUUGGAUGGGCGUGGGAGACCUGGGCCGGCGUCAUCAAGCUCGGGCACGCAUCUGCACAUGAUUUCGUCACCUCUCUGCAUCGUCAGGACAUUAUCUAUCUUUGGGCUAGGGAUGGGUUGGAACAUUUUAAAGGUCUGUGACGCAGGUUGCUAG